GCGAGCUGUACGAACUUCGAACGUUGUAUGCAUGGCUUCAAGUUCUUCGACCUCUGCGGCCUUCUGCUCCACAUGUUGUGGGGCAUCCCCAGUUCGUUUCGAGGGACGAGGCCCUUGCGAGAUUCGAUACCUCCGUUUCGUAAGCGGGAUGGCGAACAGAGAAGUCUGAUGAAUAUCUGUUCCAUGACACACUUUCAUGACACAUUAAUGUCAGAACCAAUAGCAAUGGACACUAUUUGAUACCAUCGGUGAGAGGUCUCUUCUCCGAGUGCUUCGCUUCGGUGGUAUCAAACAAUGUUGCCAUCCGUGCCGGAACAUUAGUCCAUCUUUGCUAUUCCUGAUUUAUUCUCAGACGUUUUUGACGCGACGGCGGUUAAAUGCAUGGAUUAGGAGUACCGAAACUGGUUAUGUAAACCUUCCGGUCUUCGUAAUGCAACUUGG